AUGUCAUCGUAUAGAGCGACAAGGACGGCCCUUCGCGCCGUCGCGCGCAUAUCGAGGCCCGCCACCAGAUCUUCCACCUCUCUCCAGCAGCAAUCGCGAUCCUUCGCCAGCGUCCACACCUCCCCCACCGCCGCCGCCGGCCUCCUCCAACAGAACCGCCUGCCCCGAAGCAGCACAUCUCAACGUCAACGACAAUCACCCUUCGCCGGCCGCAACGGCGCCGUCCGCACAAUCUUCAUCCAGACCGAAAACACGCCAAACCCGGACGCCGUCAAGUUCCUCCCGAACCACCGCAUCCUCCCCGACACCCUCUCCACCCCCUUCAUCGAGUACCUCAACCCGCGCUCGACCAUCGCACCGCCUUAUCCCUCCCCGCUCGCCGCCCAGCUCAUGAACAUUGACGGCGUCACCUCCGUCUUUUACGGCGCGGACUUUAUCACCGUCAACAAGAGCCCCGACGCAAACUGGGCGCAUAUCCGCCCCGAGAUCUUUGCCCUCAUCACCGAGGCAAUCACCUCAGGCCAGACCAUCGUCACCGUUUCGGCGGCCAAGGAGGGCGGCGGCGGCGCGGCUGCCGAUGGCCCCCCCGAGGAGCCCGACAGUCUCGCCUACGACGAGAACGACAGCGAGGUCGUCGGUAUGAUCAAGGAGCUCCUCGAGACGAGGAUACGGCCCGCCAUCCAAGAGGACGGCGGCGACAUCGAGUUCCGCGGGUUCACGGACGAGGGCACCGUGCUGCUGAAGCUCCGCGGUGCGUGUCGGACGUGCGACUCGAGCACCGUUACGUUGAAGAACGGCAUCGAGAGCAUGCUGAUGCACUACAUCGAGGAGGUCAAGUCUGUGGAGCAGAUUCUCGACCAAGAGGAGGAAAUUGCUAUUCAAGAAUUUGCCAAGUUCGAGGAGAAGCUCAAGUCCCAGAAGGGACCUGAGGCGGCCGCAGCAUAG